AGCUGGUUGAGAGAUGUCCGACAGCUCCAGUGACACGGAGUCGUCCUGCGGAUGGACAGUCAUUAGUAAUGAGGGUUCGGAUAUUGAGACACUGGGGCCGGAUAACGCCGGAGAGUGUGAGGAUGGAGCGGUUAGCCGUGCUCCAGACGUACCUGAUGCCAAGCGGGGUGAGGAGAGUUUGGGAGAGUCCUCACUAGAUCUCACACUGAGAGAUGAGGUGGCGGCGGAGGCGGAACCGACCCGAGAGGCGGGUGGAGAAGAACAUGUGAUCCCUUGCUCCUCCAGUGAGAACUCUGACAUCAUCACGCUGGCGGACUCUCGGGAGGCGGAGACUGACUCGUGGGAGGAGCCUGUUGCUAAGGAGGCAGAGGAAGCAGGAAGUGAGGAGCUCGAGGAUCUCGGAAGCUCGUCGAGCAGCCAGUACACGUUUAGAGAGUCGGAGACGAGUGAGUGGAAAACGGGUUUUCAUGCAUAUGAACACCACUGCAAUGUCGUAAUUAGCCGUGGGAUUUUUUUUUAAAUCUGACUUUACAAAUGUACAUUUUGUUUGUUGCUGAGAAAGAUAGCGUGCAAAUCUAGGGCUAUGUGAUCAAUCAAAAUAAAACCCGAAAUCACAAUAAAGCUUAGUGCAGUUAUCAAAUCGCAAAGUCUGCGAUAUUUAUUUAGAUAAAUAUAUGUUGCGUUUUUCAGAAUAUGGCAUCGUGUUCUUUUUUACUCAAGCAGCUUAUGUUUCAGUGUUUAAUAU